UUUGUAGCUUGUACACUGUAGACACACUGUAGCGUCUAUUCGCAGGAUGUAGAACAGAACUGUGCGGAAAUUAUUCAGUAUUUUCUCCGAAAUGUCCGGCGUCCUGCCGACGAGACCAUUCUGACUUUUCUAUUUAUAGACUCCGCGGUUGCGAUGUGAAGAUUUGUGGCAGAGAAAUUUGACGAGAGCGGAAGAAGAAGAGGAAGAGGAAGAAGAAGAAGAAGAAGAAGAAGAAGAAGAAGAAGAGGAAGAAAGAGCAAAAGCGCAUUGUUUGUGCUCCCGACCGUGAAGGAGAACCUGUUGAACAAACAACCUCUACACUGACAUUAAGGGCAUGUGGAGAAGGGAUUGGAACACAGCCCAUCUGAACAAGGCAACCGGCAGACCUCUGGUCUAGCUGUUGCUAUGGCUACCAGUGCUGUGCCUAGCGACAACCUCCCCACCUAUAAGCUGGUGGUGGUGGGUGAUGGCGGUGUGGGAAAGAGCGCCCUCACCAUCCAGUUCUUCCAGAAAAUCUUCGUUCCAGACUACGACCCGACUAUCGAGGACUCGUACCUGAAGCACACCGAGAUCGAUGGCCAGUGGGCGAUUCUGGACGUACUGGACACAGCAGGCCAGGAGGAGUUCAGCGCCAUGCGUGAGCAGUACAUGAGGACCGGAGACGGCUUCCUCAUCGUGUUCUCCGUCACAGACAAGGCCAGCUUCGAGCACGUCGAUCGAUUUCACCAGCUCAUCCUCAGGGUGAAGGAUCGAGAGUCCUUUCCUAUGAUCCUCGUAGCCAAUAAGGUGGACCUGGUUCAUUUGAGGAAGGUGACGAAUGAACAGGGCUGUGAGAUGGCUGACAAACACAAUAUCACUUACAUCGAGACGAGCGCUAAGGAUCCACCAAUGAACGUGGACAAAGCCUUUCAUGAGCUGGUCCGAGUAAUCAGACAACAAGUACCCGAGAGGAAUCUAAAGAAAAAGAAGAAGAUGAAAUGGCGAGGAGACCGAGCCGCCGUCUCUCCCAGACUCCGCUGCACUAUACUAUGACCUCCCGCUCCAACCCGCUCGAUAAUCUCACGAUCUCACAGAGCUGCGAUCGGCAGGAAAUAAAAAAAGCGGCAGGGCCACGGAGGAGCCGACGAGACGUAUCAAACCGCUGACGGAGGCGUAGCUGAUUUGCACAGGCGCGGAGACGAGUGGAGAUGAGGAUCGAGCUCAUUCGGUCCUGUUCUUCACACGGUUGUCACAAGCAUAAAGGUGUUCAGUGCUGCCUUCCAGGUGCUCGGUGGGAGCGGACAGUGUUUUGCCUUAUCGCUUUGCGUCUCUGUACCGACACGGAGUGUUAAGCUGUAGCUCGGCCAAAGAAAAAGCCGGUCAUUAGCACUGAAGUUCGCUAAUGCUGAAUUGGGAUUUUGGGAUACCUCCUAAACAUGGCCUUUACUGUUAAGCACAAAUGUACACGUUUGACUGAAAUUGACCUUUUUUUGCACUUUGAUAUUUGAUAUCGCACAAAUAUCAUAUCAUGGGGUUAACGUAUUAAAGUCAUUAAAGCAUUCGCUGCCUUUGCUGAAGGCGUUAGUUGUAACGGCUAAAAAAAAACAAAAAAACAAGUCAUAUGAAUUACGUUGCACUUAUAUAAGCUGCUCAUUCUGUUUUAUUCUAAUUCACUUUCUGUCUCAUUUUAAACCUUACUGUCUCUCGUGGUAUUUAGGAUGCGAUACUUAUUCAAUUUGAUCGCUUUUACUGUAACACUUUACAUAUAGUACAUGGAUAAUCAUGCUGACUUAAGCAUGAACUAACGAUGAGUUAACGUGAACUACGACGUGAGUCUGAUGGAUCCGCACAUGAAUAACCGCCACCGUGUUAGUCUAAGUUACUUACUCGAUGCAUUAAAGGUGCGGUCUACGUUGUUUGAAAGCCAAUGUUGACAUAGAAAAUCACCAAAACAAACACGCCCCUAACCCAAACGGGUCCCACCCCUGUAUCGAUAGCUCCGCCCACACAUACAUACAUACGUAACCCCGGCGACUAACAGAAAGAAACGUGUCUUUAUCAUAGCUGAAGGGAAGAACAAUACGAUUGUAGAUAAACAAACAAGCAAAAAUGCCACACAAGCAUAAUGAUGUAAAGACGUGCAGUACUGCUCAGAGGUUUGGUCUCACUCUGUGUUCUGGUUAGAAGCAGUUUGUUCUGUUCUAUGAAGGGAUUAGAAAACCACAGCGUGGUGAGAGAAGAUAGAUAGAUAGAUAGAUAGAUAGAUAGAUAGAUAGAUAGAUAGAUAGAUAGAUAGAUCUUUCUUCCUGUCCAUUUUUAAACCUGUAAACAAAUCCAACUCCUGAUGCUCCAGAUACUAAAGUAACCUAAAGAAGGCAGCUUUUAUUUCUCCCUUAAUCAGUACGACGGUGUUCAGCUGCGCUAGCACGAUUAGCAAACACAACAUGAGACCGAAUCAGAGGACCGAUGGUCACCGAUGACGGGCUUCUGUGGGACAAAGUACAUCUUUCCUUCUUCUACUUUCUUUCCUUCUUCAUUUUACGUUUCCGAAACGCGUAAAAACGGAUUUCUUCGGAAAACUACGACAUUUACGAGCGAUCCCGAUCUUCUGGACGUUAGCGUAGGAGUAAACCGGAUCAGACCUGAACCUGUACAUGAACCGAAUCGUGCAGACGUCCGUACUCAAAUAAACACCUUAUUCAAUGUAGACACUAAUAAUAAACUGUAAUAUCGCUCUGAUCGGCUCAGGCCCAGGUUCUGCACCUUUACCCACAAGAGUGACACGAAUACAGUAACAUUUAUUUAUGUUUAUUUAUCUAAUAAUAUUUGUUUAUUCCUACAUAUUUAAUGAUAUAAUUAAUAACUAAACUGAUGAUUGUGUACUAAGGUGGUCUUCAUUGAUGCCUGAAGACCUAAAGCAGACUCAUUUAUUCCGUCCUUGCUGUUAAUAAUCGGCUCUGUUCUUUUCGGAAGCUUUCGGCUAGCCUUCGGCUACGGGACACGACGAUCAACGAGAUCGGACACUGACGUUGAGUGAAGAGCUUAUUAGUCAAUAGUUCAUGAUUAACUCAUCAUUAGUUUAUAUUUAAUUUAUAAAAGUAUUUAUCGUGCAUCAUUCCUCAUCUUCUGCUAUCGUUACAACAUUCAGACUCUGCGGGGCCACGUUUCCUUUUUCCGUCUUUAUUCUCAGACCGGCUUCGACGCGUUAGGAAUUAUUUGUUUUUAUUGACAGGUUUUUCCAUAAAUCAUCAGGUGAUGCUGCUCGAAUACCUGCACACUACUCCUGUGAACUUAACACACGUAUGAAGAAUCGUGCACAACGGACGUUAUGUAAACUUUAUGUCGAAUAGAAAUAUGGAACGUGGGAACAAAUCAUAUUACACCGAAGAUUCCUCGGAAGUAUUUUUUUGGGUUGUUUUUUUUUUUUUUUGUCACGUUUACGUGCGCUAUAGUGACUAAAAGAAGAAAGCGGUCUAAGUGAUGGCUACAACGUCGUCUCAGAGGGAAACUACAUGUCCUUUGGUUUACCUUUCAGGAGCAGUGUUUAGUGUUUAGGAAACUCUCAUGUAUGAAGAGUCCUAUAGAGAGAAGCUUUUACUUAUAGUGUCAAUAAUCGAUAGACUUUUUUUUUUUUUUAAUGGAGUUUUCCCAGAAGGACAAAUCCGAGAGUUCCGGAUGUCACCUCGGUGUAAAGAGCGUAUUUUCUUUGACGCGUCGACCCCUGAGGGAUCCCAAAGUCUCCAUGCCUUAGACAUUCUCUUUUCUAUCGAAUGGCCAGUGUUUACAUUUAGUGUUUAUAAAGAGGAAAGUGAAGCGGACGUAAAAAAAAACGAUCCUCGUAUGUUUUCGUUGUUGUGAAUAUGUGAAGGUUAAAUUGUGACAUAACUUGUAGUGUUGUCAAAAGAACUGAAGAUCUUUAAGCGUACAAAUAAAUCGAAUCGCUCCCAGCUUUUGGAUCGAAA